GCCACCGCCGCCAGUCUGAGGCAGGUGCCCGACAUGGCGAGUGCUGUGCUGCCGAGCGGAUCCCAGUGUGCGGCGGCGGUGGCGGCGGUGGCGGCGGCGGCGGCGCCUCCCGGGCUCCGACUCCGGCUUCUGCUGUUGCUCCUCUCCGCCGCGGCACUGAUCCCCACAGGUGAUGGACAGAAUUUGUUUACGAAAGACGUGACAGUGAUCGAGGGAGAAGUUGCCACCAUCAGCUGCCAAGUCAAUAAGAGUGACGACUCUGUGAUCCAGCUGCUGAAUCCCAACAGGCAGACCAUUUAUUUCAGGGACUUCCGGCCUCUGAAGGACAGCAGGUUUCAGUUGCUGAAUUUUUCUAGCAGUGAACUCAAAGUGUCGCUGACAAACGUCUCGAUUUCGGAUGAAGGAAGAUACUUUUGCCAGCUCUACACGGACCCCCCCCAGGAAAGCUACACCACGAUCACAGUGCUGGUCCCACCACGCAAUCUGAUGAUCGAUAUCCAGAAAGACACCGCGGUGGAAGGCGAGGAGAUUGAAGUCAACUGCACCGCCAUGGCCAGCAAGCCGGCCACCACCAUCAGGUGGUUCAAGGGCAACAAGGAGCUGAAAGGCAAGUCGGAGGUGGAGGAGUGGUCAGACAUGUACACUGUGACGAGCCAGCUGAUGCUGAAGGUUCACAAGGAGGAUGACGGGGUGCCGGUGAUCUGCCAGGUGGAGCACCCCGCCGUCCCCGGAAACUUGCAGACGCAGCGGUACCUCGAAGUACAGUAUAAGCCUCAAGUGCAUAUUCAGAUGACUUACCCUCUACAAGGCCUAACCCGGGAAGGGGACGCGCUCGAGUUAACAUGUGAAGCCAUCGGGAAGCCCCAGCCUGUGAUGGUGACCUGGGUUCGAGUCGAUGACGAAAUGCCUCAACACGCCGUCCUGUCCGGGCCCAACCUGUUCAUCAAUAACCUAAACAAAACAGACAACGGCACGUACCGCUGUGAGGCCUCCAACAUAGUGGGGAAAGCGCACUCGGAUUAUAUGCUGUAUGUUUACGAUCCCCCCACAACUCUCCCCCCCACCACCACCACCACCACCACCACCACCACCACCACCACCACCACCACCAUCCUUACCAUCAUCACAGACACAGCAGCGACGACAGAGCCCGCAGUUCACGGCCUCACUCAGUUGCCCAAUUCCGCAGAAGAGCUGGACAGUGAGGACCUCUCAGAUUCACGAGCGGGGGAGGAAGGCGCCAUCAGAGCGGUGGAUCAUGCCGUGAUCGGCGGGGUCGUGGCCGUGGUGGUGUUCGCCAUGCUGUGCUUGCUUAUCAUUCUGGGGCGCUACUUUGCCAGACACAAAGGUACAUACUUCACUCAUGAAGCCAAAGGAGCCGAUGACGCAGCAGACGCAGACACAGCUAUAAUCAAUGCAGAAGGAGGACAGAACAACUCCGAAGAAAAGAAAGAGUACUUCAUCUAGAUCAGCCUUUUUGUUUCAAUGAGGUGUCCAACUGGCCCUAUUUAGAUGAUAAAGAGACAGUGCUAUUGGAACUUGCGAGAAAUUCGUGUGUUUUUUUAUGAAUGGGUGGAAAGGUGCGAGACUGGGAAGGCUUGGGAUUUGCUGUGUAAAAAAAAAAAUGUUCUUUGAAAGUACACUCUGCUGUUUGACACCU